CGUGGCCUGGCCAUGGGGGCGUGGCCUGGCGGCGGCCGUGGCGUGAGGCGGCGGCAGCGCCAUGUCGAUGGAGGACCCCUUCUUCGUGGUGAAGGGGGAGGUGCAGAAAGCUGUGAACACUGCCCAGGGGCUCUUCCAGAGGUGGACAGAGCUCUUGCAAGAUCCCUCCAUCGCCACAAGAGAAGAAAUCGACUGGACCACUAAUGAGCUCAGGAACAACCUGCGGAGCAUCGAGUGGGACCUGGAAGACUUGGAUGAAACCAUUAGCAUUGUCGAGGCAAACCCGCGGAAAUUCAACCUCGAUGCCACGGAGCUGGGGAUCCGCAAAGCCUUCAUCACCAGCACACGGCAGGUGGUCAGGGACAUGAAGGAUCAGAUGUCAAACUCUUCCAUGCAAGCACUGGCUGAAAGAAAAAACAGGCAGGCACUCCUAGGAGAGAGUGGGAGUCAGAGUUGGAGCUCUGGACCUGACAAAUACAGCCGUCUGGACCGGGAGCUGCAAUUAGCAAAUUCACAUUUCAUCGAGGAGCAGCAAGCUCAACAACAGCUGAUUGUGGAGCAGCAGGAUGAGCAGUUGGAGCUGGUCUCUGGCAGCAUCGGGGUGCUGAAGAACAUGUCCCAGCGCAUUGGCGGGGAGCUGGAAGAGCAAGCAGUGAUGCUGGAUGACUUCUCCCACGAGUUAGACAGCACUCAGUCGCGCCUUGAUAACGUCAUGAAGAAGCUCGCCAAAGUGUCUCACAUGACAAGUGAUCGACGGCAGUGGUGUGCAAUUGUUGUCCUCUUCGUCAUCUUGCUAGUGGUGCUCAUCCUGUUUUUUGUCCUGUGAUGACAAAAACUGAACUUCCUGGGACGCCCCCUCCCCGCCCCCUCGCCCCGGCAGCGCGGGGAAAUGAAACUCUCCCCGUUUCCGUCCGCCCACAGAGAUCCCCAGCUCUCACCAUCCUCCUCCAAGGACUGCGGCUCGGCUGCGCCGGCAUCUCCCCUGGCCCCGGGGCGAGGGGGUGGAGGGCUGGAGCCGCCUCCUCCCCUGCUGCGGUGCACUCUGGACCCGGGCUCCGGGUCUGGACCCACGGAGCUGGAGGGGGACCCGAGCCCCGCACUCCCACGCGGUGCAGGUAGGAGCCGGUGGGAGGUGGACACAGAGCAGCGAGCCCUGGGGAGGAAUUACUGAAUUCACUGAGCAUUACAAACUGCAUUGCCAGUGCCAGCCCCAAGCAUUACUGGGAAGGGUGAAACCCUCCGAGCUACGGCAAGGGAGGGGAGCCCUGGCCCUGCUCCCCCUGCCCCUCCCUGCUUCCUGUGGGCGGGCUCUGUAGCACCAAUUCACUGCCAAGAGAGAGAGCACGGUGAGUCCUACCAGAGCUUCCCUACCCCCUGCAGUGGGCAGAGGGCAGAGCUGUAGGGUUUUGUGUCCUGCCAUCAGCCACCCAGGCCCCGUCAGACACCCCAGAGCUUCAACCCUGGGGUGCUGCACACCGAACGCUGGCAAUCAGCCGUGAGCCAGAGAGGAAGAGUCUUGAAGCUUUUGAACUUGCCUCCCUCAUUAUACAGGCCUCUAAAGCUCAUUGACUGAUGCUUUCUUUGCCCUUGUAUAACUGAGUCACUGCUUCUGUUUAACAGCUGCUUCCCUUUGGCAAGUGAUUUGUCAGGUCUAAAAUAACUUAUUUUUUUUAAGAAAAAAAAAAACUUUAAAGAUUUUUUUGAUGAGCAUUAGAGCCGUGUUCUCUCUGUGGGUGCACAACACACAGGAUCAGAGGAACAGUGCUCAGUGAUGUAUUUUAAGUGUAUAUGAACUUGUAAAUAGGAUGUCUGAAUUUUUCCCAACCCCUAUUUUUUGGACACCUCUGUUGUAAGCAACCAAAAGGCAGGAGAUUGAUAGCUA